AUUCCCUCUCGAUUGUCAUCGUUCAAAAUGUAUAUAUAAUACAUUGGCCACCAUAAUCUGCAUAAUUAUUUCUUCUUAAGAGACACAGAUAUAGAUUGGGAAUAUGGAUGCCGAAUAUGGUGGAUGGGGUGCAGGAUCGGUGGCGACAAUGCUGUGCAUCAUUUUGUGUUUGAUAUUUCUGCCGCUAGCGAUGGGGCCGGGGUCGCUGCAGCCGCCACCCUCAUACGCGUUCCUCAUUUUCCCCGUCUUGAUGGCUGCCAUUCUCAUUUUCCUCACCCAGGCUUCAAAGAAUCGUUAGUCUGUUCAAUUCUACUGUCAC